AUGAGCAACAGCGGCUCUGAUGAUGAUUUUUUUGGCUGCAUGGAGAGCGAAGACCUUUUUUCGGAGACACUAGAUCAACAGGAGAAACGUCGUGAGGCUAAGCGCUAUGCGGAGCAGUAUGCAGAACGAAAAUGGGGGUUGGCGGCUAGACAACAGAGAAUUCAGGCAGGCCAAGACUUUUUCCUUAAGAAACGUGUGAUCGAGCUAGGCUGCGGCAUCGGCGUGCCGGGUUUGGCCACCGCAGCACUUGGAGCUGAAGAUGUGGUGCUUACUGACAUGCCUAUCGCGGUUCCCUGGAUUCAAGCUAACAUCGAGAGAAAUUAUGCGCUGGGGUGCAUCGCCGGCAGAGUUUGUGCGCAAGGGUUAAUGUGGGACCUAAUCUAUGGUCAUCGCGACAUCGCAAAGAGGCUAGUGCAGACAAUAGUACAAUUGUCGCACGCUGAUACGCUUAUCGUCUCAGCGCAUGAAGCACGUUUUGCUGGCGAUCGGGGCCUAUCUUUCUUUGAGCUGCUUUCGGAAAAGCAUUUUACGAUCAACCACUCGCUGACACCACUACUGAGCUCGUCUGCCGUGGCUGCAUCUUCUCGGCGAAUAUUGUGGCAAUCUGUGUUUAACCUCGAUACAACUCACUUUCACGAUUCGUUGGUGAGCGAUGAUGACUUGCAAAUAGAGCUGGACGUGAUCACAAAGGAUGAAGAAAAAGUUCUAUCAGACGAGUGCUAUCACAUUCUCAAGCGACGCCGCUAUGAAAUUAGCCACUGGGACAACGUUAUCCUGAAUUUUAAGGAGAUGGAGCGCUCACGCUGGUCCACCGAGACGCAGCGAAUUUUGCAAAAGGUCCGUGAAACAGCCAUUUUACCAAAAGAACUAACCUAUUUUUCGGCUGUCCAUGUGAUUGAACUGGCGGAAGAUGGCUACAUUAAACCUCACGUGGACUCUAUCAAGUUCUCCGGCCGCGUGGUGGCUGGGCUUAAUUUGCUCUCACCCUGCAUAAUGAGAUUUAGGGAGGUGAACGGAGAUUCGGUCAUUGAUGCUUAUCUGCAGCGUCGUUCCAUGUACAUGGUGACUGGAAGAAUUCGCUACCAUUAUACGCACGAGAUUAUGCCUGGCAUACAGAUUUUCCGACAGAAGGUAAUCGUUAAACGCACGUCUCGCAUCUCUAUAAUGCUGCGCGACGAGUAUCUUGAGGAACACAUUACAAAGUACUACAAACCCUUCGUCGCGAAAAAUAAUUAA